UGCGCAGUACGUUAAAAAUAGACACUAAAGUCAGUCGGGGUAAGGUUAGAAAAGCACGUGGGUCAAUGUUGAUAAAAUAUUUGAUUAUUUUUUUAUUAAACGCCAAUUAACAAUAUGGCUGAUAAUAAACAAAAAUGGACUUAUUUGAACAUUACUUUAAGUAGUACAAUAAUAAAAACAUUGAAACAACUUGGAUUUAAACACCCAACUCCAAUACAAUCAGCUUGUAUUCCUAUUCUAUUGAAUGGAAAGGAUGUUGCAGCAGAAGCUGUCACAGGAAGUGGUAAAACUUUGGCAUUUCUUAUCCCAUUGCUAGAAAUAUUACAGAAAAGAAAUGAAGAGUGGAAAACUACAGAAAUUGGUGGGAUAAUAAUUUCACCCACAAGAGAAUUAGCUACUCAAAUAAGUGAAGUAUUAGAUAAGUUCCUGAUAAAUAUUCCAAAAUUAAAACAAAUUUUGCUAGUUGGUGGAACAACAGUAAAAGAAGAUGCUAUAAAGUUGAAAAAGGGUGCAAAUAUUAUCAUUGCCACUCCGGGAAGAUUAGAAGAUAUUUUUUCUAAUUGCAAAGAUGUUGAUUUAGGAAAAGCAGUCAAAUCAUUGGAAUUAUUGGUAUUAGAUGAAGCUGAUAGGCUAUUGGAUUCUGGAUUUUCAAUAACAAUAAACACAAUCUUAAGUCAUUUGCCGCGUUUACGAAGAACUGGAUUAUUUUCUGCAACACAAACAAAAGAAGUGCAACAAUUUAUUCGAGCAGGCUUAAGAUAUCCAACAAUAAUAACUGUUACUGAAAAAUCUAGCGUUUCAACACCUGCAUUAUUAAACAAUUAUUAUGCUAUUGUUGAGCCUGAUCAGAAGUUUGCAACUUUAGUGAAUUUUAUUAAAUCAACGGGUACUAAUCGGAAGUAUAUGAUAUUUUUUUCUACAUGUGCUUGUGUGGAUUACUUCAGUGAAGUAUUAAAAUUAAUGUUUCCUGGUGGAAAUAUAUUUUCUCUUCACGGAAAAUUAAAAGGCCGAAGAAAGAAAAUAUUCGAUGAUUUUCAUAAAAUUGACAGUGGUAUUCUUAUCUGUACUGAUGUAAUGGCUCGGGGAAUUGACAUUCCUGAAGUAGAUUGGGUUCUGCAGUAUGAUCCACCAUCCUCUGCCAGUAACUUUGUACAUCGGUGUGGCAGAACUGCACGAAUCGGUCAUAAUGGAAAUGCACUACUCUUUCUUUUACGUACUGAAGAUGCUUAUAUUGAAUUUAUUAAACGAAAUCAAAAAGUAGAAUUGGAUCAAAUGAAUUUUGAUAAUUCAAUUGAUGAACUUGUUCAACAAUGUUUGAAAACGAUGAGAAAUUUACAGCUCAGUGAUAGGCUUUUAUUCGAUAAAGCUAAUUGUGCUUUUGUUUCAUACAUACAGUCGUAUAGUAAACAUGAAUGUAAUUUAAUUUUAAGCUUAAAAGAUUUAGAUCUCGGUCUGACAGCAAUGGGUUUUGGUCUUUUACGAAUGCCACGGAUGCCAGAACUAAAAAAUCGAAAUUUGUCGUCUUUUAUAGAAGUUGAUGUUGAUACUAAUUCUAUUAAAUACAAAAAUAAACAGAGAGAAGAAAAACGAUUGGAGAAUCUUGAUAUUUAUCGUAAAACUGGAAAAUGGCCUAGUAAUGUAAAACGACGUAUGAAAAAUACAGUGUCUUGGUCUGAAGCGAAGAAAAAGAAAACUGAGAAACAGGAUAAACGUAUUACGAAGAAAGAAAAAAAGUCUAAACAAGGAAAAACUGAUGAAUCUGGUAAGCUCAAAAAACGGAAAGCUUCUAUGCAAGAAAUUUUAGAUGAAUUAUCUGUAUACGCUAAAGAAAAUGCAUUGAUGAAGAAAUUAAAGAAAAAAAAGAUAUCACAAGAAGAUUUCGAUGAAGCUGUAGACGUGUAAAAUGUGUCUAUUCUUUUUAUUAGUUAUAAUUAUAAUAUAAAUUAUAUUAAUUAAUAAAUUGAAAUUAGUUACAAAAUUUUAUUACU